UAAGAAUAGAAGCAACUGUAGAAAGAAUAGAACUUCGGAUUUUUGGAUCCUUAAACAAACAAGUAAAAUAAUCAGAAUAUCUUAACUCUUAAAAGGGUCUCACAGGAAUUUGCAGAGAAUCUUUGGGAUUGAAUAUAAAUUUGAAAUCUUGUAUUGGAAUUUGUUUUUUUAUAUGUUAGAAGCUCUUGUUUUGUUUUGAUUUGUAAGUUUUCAUGACUGAUUUUUAUAAUCUCAAAAAUCUGCUGAAAUUGUAGUCAUCUUGAGAUACUUCAAAUUUGGAUUUAAAAACCACAUCAAAUGGUGUUAAGAGUGGUUUCAUGGAGAAGAGAUUGAAGGAGUAGUCCUUUCCCAUUUAAAAUCAGAUCUCUUUGACUUUGGGUUUCUUGGUAGUUGUUCACUUAUGUACAGUAAGAGUUCUAUGUUAUAAAUUUAUAAUAGGAUCACAUAAUUCUAUACACUAAUACAGCGUCUAUUACAGUAAUCCCCGAAAAGGCGGCUGAAGCUUCGGAAGAUAUCACCUUCUUGGGAACCAUAUAAUGACCUUAUAAACCAACAUUUCAUUGAAGUUCUCUUCAUGUUAUAGCUAGCUUUUUGCGUUCAUCACUCACUCGCUACAGUUCAAGAGAAAGAUCACCAUCUUUCAUUUUGUUUCAGCUGCUCUACUUUUUCACCUCAGUUUCAGAGCUGCUUAUUAGCCAGCCGGAGAGAUGGAUGACAAGUAUGAUUCUGAUAAGUUGGAUGAUAUUAUGUUGCCUGGUUUUCGGUUUCAUCCGACUGACGAAGAGCUUGUGGGGUUUUAUUUGAAGAGAAAGAUUCAACAGAGACCUCUUUCAAUUGAACUUAUAAAGCAGCUUGAUAUCUACAAAUAUGAUCCAUGGGAUCUUCCAAAAGAGCUGUCGACAACAGGAGAAAAAGAAUGGUAUUUUUACUGUCCAAGGGACAGAAAGUAUAGAAACAGCGCGAGGCCUAAUCGAGUAACUGGAGCUGGUUUCUGGAAAGCCACUGGGACGGAUCGACCUAUUUACUCGUCAGAAGGAACAAAGUGCAUCGGCCUUAAGAAGUCCCUUGUGUUCUAUACAGGUAGAGCAGCAAAAGGAGUCAAAACAGACUGGAUGAUGCAUGAAUUUAGACUUCCUUCUCUCACAAAUCCAGCCACACCCAAGAGAUUUACUGACAAAACUCUUCCUGUCAAUGAUUCAUGGGCUAUUUGCAGAAUCUUCAAGAAAACCAACUCCAUGGCACAAAGAGCACUUUCCCACUCAUGGGUCUCUCCAAUACCUGAACUUAAUGGGUCUCAGAUACCUAAUAAAAAUACCAACUAUACGCAUUUCAGAAAAGAGAGCAUGUCAUGUAUUUCUGAGGCUGGCUCAACAAUCCAAUUCUCUUGUAAUAAUAAUGAUUUGCAACAGUGCUCUCCUACUAGCUUCAGUCCUAUUAAUAUCCCGUCUUACAAACCGGAUAUUAACCCAACAAUGUGCAAGCAAUCUCAGCAUCCCACUUUCAAUGGAGAUCUCUCUUCAAAUUUCAUGUUCUCGUCUCUCGAUAUGGCAGGAAAUGCCAAGUAUACAGCUGAUAUUGCUUCAAUGCUUUUAAACUUCCCUCCUGCUUUACUUGGAGAUACCGAUGAUUGCCCUGACGAUAUAAACUUUAGUGGAACACAACAAGAAUAUGGCGGUUUCUCUAGUAUGCUGCCACAAGAGAUGCAGGGAAACAUAAGUUUUGGAGAAGACGAAGAAGCUUGGUUGAGGAGAACUACGAAUACUUUGAGCGCUAAUGAUCAAUGGGGAACAGUUCGGUCAGUUGAUUUUCCUUUCAACUUACCUAUAUCAAACUUGACAUGGGACUCUCUGCCAUGUCCUAGUGACAUUUCAACAAGUUAUUCCACAAACAAGUGUUAUACUUGACCGGCCCAACCGAAGUAGUAAUUUUAUCUGUUUAAUAAUUAGUUUCCAGUUGGUGUAGGCUUAGAAACAUAUGUUGUCUUAGUUACUGUAUUAGCUAGUGUACAGUUUUUUCCCUAUUCCAACUAUUCACGUUGGAUUAGCUUAAGUCUUUCAUUUUAGCCUUUAUGAUACAGGUUAUAAACAAGAUUUUAGAAGCUUCAGAUUUUGAUUAAUGUGUUAACAUGA